AUGGAUCGUUGGGAUUCGAGCCUCAAUAUCUCGAGUCUGAAGAUGGAUUAUGAGGCGGGGAUCAAACCUCAACAUGUCGUUCAAGCUAUCUACGACCGCAUCGAGGCCUACAAAGAGGUGCAACCAUCGGUAUGGAUCCACCUUCAGCCUAUGGGCGAUGUCAUGAAGGCCGCGAAUGAACUUCUCAUCCGCUGGCCAGACCCAGCAGAGCGGCCGCCUCUAUGGGGAAUCCCUUUCAGUGUGAAAGACAACAUCGAUAUCGAAGGGAUCCCUACGACAGCGGGCUGCCCAGCUUUAGCAUCUGUGCCGGCGUCUUCAGCGCCUGUUUACAAACGUUGCAUAGAUGCUGGUGCUCUCUUCAUAGGCAAGACAAAUAUGGAGCAGCUUGCAACUGGAAUGACUGGGUGUCGAAGUCCUUACGGGGACCUUCAUUCAACUUUCAGCAAAUCUCACAUAGUUGGCGGCUCGAGUAGUGGCAGUGCUGUUUCUGUUAGUGAGGAUCUGGUCUCAUUCUCUCUUGGCAGCGAUACCGCGGGCUCGAUCCGACUGCCAGCACUCUUCAACGGCGUUGUGGGGUUCAAGCCAACGAAAGGUACAGUUUCGGCGCGGGGAGUAUUCCCAGCAUGCCUCCACCAAGACUGCGUCUCGUUUCUUGCGUUUAGUGCAGAGGACGCUGACCAAGUCUGGCGAGUCUGCAAAGGGUUCGACAGAGGGGAUUCCUUUGCGAAAUUACCUUGCUAUUAUCCUACGAAAGGAGCUCUGGCAUCUACGGGAUCUUCUUCCUUUCGGUUCGGCAUCCCGCCUCAGAGCGCCCUUGAGGUCUGCAGCGUUGCCUAUCGUCAACAAUUUGCCCAGGUUACGAAAGCUCUGCAAAACGCGGGUGGGAAACUGGUAAAUUUGGACUGGGAGCCAUUUGCGGCGGCAAACGAGCUCUUAUACAACAGCUCAUUCGUGGUUGAGCGACUAACGAUCUUCCCUGAAGGCUGGUUCGAACAGAACAAGGAGUUGCUGCAUCCAGUCACCAGACAGGUAUUUGAAGCUGCAGUGGCGAGGAAUAGCACGGCGGUGGAAGUAUUUCGAGAUCUGCACAAACAGGCGGAAUACAAGAGGGCGGUCGAAAAUAUCCUGAGGCCCGGCGGGUAUGAAGAGGACGGAGAAGAUGAAUUGACCGUGAUGGUGGUGCCGACAGCCCCUUUUCAUCCCACGAUUGAAGAUGUGGAGCAUGAACCAAUUGGAGUCAAUGGCAAGCUGGGUGCCUUCUCUCAUUUUGCCAAUAUAUUGGACUUGGUGGGCGUAGCACUGCCAUGUGGGACUUACAAAGUUGCAGCGGAAGGCCAGGAGAAGCAGCGGGAACAGAGAUUACCAUUUGGCGUGACCAUCUUGGCUGCUUGCGGGCUGGACGAGGGACUAUUGAGGUUGGCAAAACGGCUGGAGGAGAUGCUGGGUGAGUUGGGUCAAGAUGAGUAA